UCAGUGUCAUCGACCAAAUAUCAAUAUUCAAUAGACCAAUAGUCAAUACAUAUGUGUGAAAUCUGUAUUCAAUAGCACCAGAAAUGAAAGUGAAUUAUAAAUGAAAAAGAAAUUAGGAAAUAACAUUAGUGGACAAAUAUAGCAGACUGAUUUAGGAACGUAUUGUAGAGAUACUGUUAAACUAAAUUUAUUCAGUAAGAAUUUUCAAUGUCUUACCUUAGAGGUUCAGAAAAUUAUGUUUGGUGUACCACCAGUGUUUUGGGGAAGGGUGCAACAGGGGCGGUGUAUCAAGGAGUCAAUAAGAACAACGGUGAACCGGUAGCUGUGAAAACUUUCAACCAAGUAAGCCAUAUGAGGCCCCAUGAAGUACAAAUGCGAGAGUUUGAAGUCUUAAAGAAAGUGAAACACGAAAAUAUUGUCAAGUUGCUGGCUAUCGAAGAGGAACAAGAAAGUAGGGGUAAAGUAAUAGUCAUGGAGCUUUGCACGGGUGGGAGUCUCUUCAAUAUAUUAGAUGAUCCAGAGAACACCUAUGGUCUUCAGGAGGAUGAGUUCUUGUUAGUGUUAGAGCAUUUGACUGCAGGAAUGAAGCACUUGCGAGAUAAUAAUUUGGUACAUAGAGAUUUAAAGCCCGGUAACAUCAUGAAGUUCAUCAAUGAAGAUGGAACAACAACCUACAAGCUGACAGACUUUGGAGCUGCCAGAGAAUUACAAGAAGAGGAGCAGUUUGUGUCUCUGUAUGGAACUGAGGAGUAUCUGCAUCCAGACAUGUAUGAGAGGGCAGUGUUGAGGAAGCCUGUGGGUAAGAGCUUCGGAGCUACAGUUGACCUGUGGUCCAUCGGGGUCACCUUAUACCAUGUCGCCACUGGUCAGCUUCCAUUCAGACCUUAUGGAGGCCGAAGAAAUAAGGAAACCAUGUUCUAUAUUACUACCAAAAAGAUCUCCGGAGUUAUUUCUGGUACCCAAACAACUGAAAAUGGUCCGAUAGAGUGGUCUCGAGAGCUGCCAUCACAUUGCCAGCUGAGCGUGGGUCUUCGGAAACUGGUUACACCAUUACUAGCUGGACUACUGGAAAUAGACCCUCCAAGGAUAUGGACAUUUGAUAGGUUCUUCUCGGAAGUUCAAACUGCUACCUCUACAAAGCCAGUCCAUAUAUUCCAUGUUAAUAAAGCUGCCAGUAUAAAGGUAUUUCUGAAGCCGGAAGAAAAAUAUGAACAUUUACAGAAUUACAUCUGCGAACAGACGAGCGUGGUCGCGGAGUCGCAGAUACUACUCUACAAGGACAUGUUGUUACUGAGCGAGAUAGACGAGAACACGUCGGGGAAGAACUACCCGGACACGACGGCGGAGGUCCCUCUGAUGUUGUUCAACAAGAAUAACAAUAACGUCAGCAUGGCGCCGGAGCCCGAGAUACCAAAGUUCCCUCCCUUCCCUAACAAACUGGUCGUCGAGACAGACGCCUCCCUCGCCAAGACGGCGUGUAGCGUGGGUCACGUCAUCAAGCGUCGGGUAGAAGCUUUGUGCGCGGCUUCCCAGCUGUGCGGCGCGUGCGUGAGUCGGUGGGGCGCGCUGCUCGCCUCGAGACUGAGCGGCGUGGCGGCGCGCGCUCAGGCGUUGGCCGCACACGCUAGCUGCCUGCACGACGCCGCCCGCGCUCUGGACCUUGCGGCCGCCGCACACCGCCUGGCGCAGUCCGCGGCCGGCACUCCGCCCGCAGCUACCACGCAGGACUCCUGGGCCGCCUCGGCCGCUCUGGUCUCCAAGGAAGCUGAGGAACUGCGCUCGGCCGGCAACUCACUCCGGGCUCGCCACGUGCCGCCGGCCCUCCGCGCUCACUGGGACGACGCUUUGCUGCAGGCGCCCUGCCCUCACGAUCUUCACCUACACCUUAAGGCGAAGACGCUCGUCGACCGUCUGCGCGAGUCCUGGCAACACCUGGUGCGGGACCGCGCCACUCACACCUUGACGUACAAUGACGAGCAGUUCCACUUAUUGGAGCGCAUCACGGUGGCGGAGACGGGUCGGCGCGCCAGGGCCUUGCUGCAGCGCGCGUCGCCGCUAGCCAGGACCAGGGCGGACGCCAUCGCCGACUGGUAUAAGGUGGCGCAGACCGUGUACCUCCAGACGCAAAUACUAGAUAAGGACGUCGCCGCCGUCGAGCUCAAGGUGCUGGCGCUGGCCGCCAGGCUGCAGGAUGCCGAGCGACGGUCGAGAGCCGUCAUGGCGGACGUCGGCGCUCAGCUGAACGCCAUCAAGGCGGAGUCUCCUGUUGAAGCGGAAAAGGAGAAAGCCCCCCGGCGCAACUGCAACGGAGGUCGUCCCGCGCGCCCCGCGGCCGGCGACUCGUUGUCGGCGGGCGUGUCGGCGCGCGGGGUCGGCGUGCGAGCCCUGCUGUCGGCGCACGAGGAGGUGUCCACGCGCGUGGCGGCCAACUCUGCUCUCGUGGCGCGUCUGCUGCACCUCACCGCCGACGUGACUCCCUAGCGCCCUCCGCGGACGAGUGGACCAGCAGUGGACUCGUGCAAUAAUAAGUUCGGUGAUUUAAAGUGUUUGGAUGCUCGGUGCAGCGCGUGCGGCGCGGGUGAUGGCGAUGACGAUGAUCAGAUGGUGGAAAUUAAGAUUGACAGUUCCGCGAACGAUUACAGAACUGAUUCGAAAUGUUGGUGCAAUAGAGAAGACUGCUGUAUGUAUACGGGGGGCGACUGUGACUACGGCCCGCAGAAGACACAUCCUAUUCUGAGUGAUAUUCCCGAUAAUAAUUAUACAAGCAGGUACACAUAUAACGACUCGGAGUGCACAACCACGGAGAGUAGUGACUCGGCGUCGGCGACCACUUCGGACGAGUCACUGAGCACAUUGAACUCCGGCAUCAAGACUGUUAUAUACGGAUCCGUCAGCUCCAAGGACGCCUCCUCGCUACCCAAGGAUAUUGAUGAAGAUCUCAAUGAAAACGAGUGUUCAAAAACGAAAGCAGCGUGUGUUGUGACGUAGCGACCGGUCCAGCAACACAAACAAACCAGUACUUUGAGAAAAACCGAAGAGUGUUUUGUUUGUGUGUGGACCUUCGUCUUGCACUUUAAAGGAUCCCUUUACAUAUCAGUAGGAUGCAAAGCGUGUCCACAACUAACUCUUGUAAUCAAAUCUAGUAAAUAAACUAAUCUUAUAUCAACGGAGCUCUAACGUGCGACUACAGAUGUGAAUCAGACGAUAUCAUAUUAGUUCAUAUGUCAUAUAACAUUUGCUGUGAGAUUCGUUUCAUGAAUAUCAAUGAAACAAGCUAAUGGAAUGUGUAAAUAAUUUAAUUAUUUAUCAUAUAAAGUUUUUUACAAAAUGAUUAUCUAAUCUAUGAAACAUUAAUUCCGCUACAGCCUGUAUAUGAAUCAGCAGGAAGAUUGUCUAUAUACAGCUUUAUCUCAUACAUAUACAUAUUAUAUUCCCCAGUUUAUUUGCCAAUCGGUCAAGUGUUUGAAGCACGUCUGUAGUCAAAAAAGAUGCGGUUAGAGAUAUAAAAUUAUAUAAUGAAUUAUAGUACAAUUGCUAUGAAAGGGCAGAGAACAAUGUGCCAACAACAUGGUGCUGAGAGAGUGGUCAGGAUUCACAAAUAAUAUAUAUGUAUAUACCUAUAACUCUGUGUUCACAAGCGACAUUAUUAGUACAGUUAUUGUUGAGUUCACAUUUUAACCAGAUCAAUGAGAUCUCUGAUAUGAAAAAUGUAUUGAAUUAUAAAAAUAGCGGAAUAUUGUUAAAAAAUCACACGACUGACUCGACAACAUACGACGAUAUAAUCGGGUAACUUGUGUAUUACUAGCAAAAAUAUUAUAACCCCUGUAUAAUAUUGAAGAGCAGGGGUCUGUUAAUAAAACUAUUUUUCAUUUAA